CUCGGUUCAUUGUAUAUUGUCCAUCCAUGAAUCAAUUAUUUAAAAGACCUGGCUGGCCAAAUUUUGGAACGCAGUCGAACUUUGAGUGUCGUGACAAUUCGAUCGUACCUUACCUCGUGACGUUAAAGCAUAAGCAGUGUGCUCAAUCCUAGCUACAAACGAUGGCUUCCAACUACGAAAAAGUGAUUCUUGCCUGCAUGGUUCUGUGCUGUCUGGUGGCUUUGGUGCGAUGUGAAGACGAAGAUCAGGAUGUUGCAGAGGGUAGAACCUUCGGCCAUCACUUCCUGAAACGAAUGAGCUUUGCUGUGGUCCCAACGGCGUUUGUUGUGGGGGUCAUCACCACCCUGCUGUCAGCUCUCACAGUAGUCUCGAUGAAGGGAUUGGGCGUAGGAGUAAUUCUUCUAGUGCUUGCCGUGUCGCAAAUCAUAGCAAGAAGCGCCAACCCCAUCCCUCUACCACCCCCCGUGGCUUAUGCUGCUCCUGCGGCUCCAUCUGUUCCAAUCCUGUACCACAAGGACUGGUAGAUCCGUCCAUCCAUCAAAACUGAGCAAACCCAGUGUCAAAUCUCUCCUCGUCACCGACUAAUGUUAAGACCUAAUUUAUUUCCUAUUUAUUGUAAUUUAUUGUGCCUCAUCAUCACCUUCACCAAUUCAUCGUCGAUGUGUGCUAUUGAAAGCGCGAUCACCAGUCACGACUGACCACAAUUCGGAAGCGAAAAAAUUCCAUCCUUUCCCUGUACAGUCAGGUCUCCUACUAGACACUGCCACCCACUUUCUUCCCACCGUAAUUUGUCAGUUCCCGAGCAGAAGAAAAUUACUGUAGAACAUCAAACUAAGGUAUUCCAUAACAGAUAAUGUUCAAUACUUAUCACCUGAAUAAGGCAUGAAAGAACCCUAUAAGCUUUAUCUACAGAAUUUCACCAGAAUCAAAUGGAAGACAGCUGAAAAAUUGCGGUGGGCGAAAAUUGGGUGGCAGCACCUAAUAAGAGACCUGACUGUACCACGUGUGAAAGCUUCGACGUGGGGGAGUCUAGUUCAGAGUUCACCCCACAAAUAGAGACCAAUAAAGAGCAUCGAACAAUGCUUACGACUAAUUACCAA